GCUGACUGUCAACACAUGCAACAUAGCCUACAACAUGCACAACUUUUCUGUCAUUUAGAUGCUUUAUUUUAAUGUGUUAACUGUUGAUGACUUCUGCCCUCACGCUUCGUACAUACAUUUUAGAUAUGUAUUGUAGGUUUAGUAACGUUAGCUUCAGUUGACUGAAACUGCUGGUGGUGGUGAAGGUUGUGGACGAGACUGCUACGAAGCAACGUGGGCAAUUACUUAGAACUCUUCAGUAUGACCAUGACUUACCAGUUAGUUUAAACAUGGCUCAGCAAGAUAUGGGUGAUCUUCAAUCUCAGAUAGAUGAGAUUGAAGCUCUGUCAUCCAUAUAUGGUGAUGAAUGGUGUGUGAUUGAUGAAGCUUCAAGAAUAUUUUGCAUCAAAAUAUCUGAUAGUUCAGACCAUCCAAAAUGGACAGCUUGUUUACAGACGAUUCUACCUGCAGACUAUCCAAGCAGAGCACCACCUCUAUAUCAAAUAAAUGCUGCGUGGCUGAGAGGUCCAGAAAGGAUGGAACUGUCAAACAGCCUGGAGGAGAUUUUUUUGGAGAAUGCUGGUGAGAGUAUCCUCUAUCUUUGGGUGGAGAAAAUUCGUGAAUUUCUUGUGGAGAAGUCUCUCAGCUCUGAUUCAGUGGAGGAGUCUGAGCUGAGAAAAACCAUGGUGACAGAAGAGGAAGAUUAUGAUGAUGAGGAAGGCCUUCCAGACUAUAGCGUGCUGAAGAACACCGACCAAGCCCAUCUUUUUGUAGAUCAAAUUGGGGGAGAAGAGUUGCCUGAAAUUAAACACGGCGAACCCAUCACAGACAGACGGAGCACCUUCCAGCCUCACCUAGCUAUGGUGGUCACCCCCAAGCAGGUCCGGAUGGUACUGGACAAGCUGUAUGAAAAUAAAAAGAUAGCCAGUGCCACCCACAACAUCUAUGCAUACCGGAUACACUGUGAGGACAAGAACACCUUCCUGCAAGACUGUGAGGAUGAUGGUGAGACAGCUGCUGGUGGAAGACUGCUUCAUCUUUUGCAGAUUCUGGAUGUUCGGAAUGUGAUGGUUGUGGUCACUCGCUGGUACGGGGGCAUACUGCUGGGGCCAGACCGCUUUAAACACAUCAACAACCGUGCCAGGAACAUCCUGGUCCAGGAGGGCUAUGCUGAAAGUCCGGAAGAAGCAGUCAAAGGCGGAGGGAAGAGCAAAAAGUCCCGAGGCAAGAAGACAAAGUAAAGGAUGAAACUACUGGAUUCUGGCAAUCCCGAUGGAGAACGAGGAAGGAUAGAUGAAGGGAAAAACUGUCAGCUUUAAAGUCAGACAAACAGACAGACAGAUAGACAGACAGAUAGAUAGAUGUGGCGGGAGGGGUAGAGAAUAACUAAGCAAAGAACAAACAAACUGAAAUUGUAAGAAUGAUGUCGAUGGGCAUCACUGAUGCCUUAUUAAAAGAAUGCUGUCGUGAGCCAUAAGGCUGUGGAUGUACGCUGAUGGCUGACUGCCAUGACUCAGAUACUCAGGCUCCUUCAGGUCUCUCAGGAGACCUUGUCUCUCUUAGAGGCAUCCAGUAAAUGUAUAUGUGCAUUGUUCACAGAAGAAAAAAACGGUCUCAGUAUAGUAGAAAUGAUUACAUGUGCAAUGUAGUGAUGAUGAUAAUCAAAAUAGUAUUUGUGCAGAAUGUAUCGUGCCAACGGCUAUUUUAUGAUUAAAAACAGAAACCCUGUUUAUAUUAUGUAGUUCCCGAAUAUCAGACAAAAUGGCAAAUGGCAAUGCCACUUUGUACACAGGACCGGUGUUAGGUAGUGAAGCACAGGUUCCGACACAUGCCAAAACCAUUUAUGUGAAGAUCCAAGCAGAUUGUAUGGAGAGCGGAUUGGGGUCUGACAUCUGGUUUUGGCUGCCUUAUCAACUCAAACAAUAUCCAACUCGUGCCAUUACAAGUUAUAUGUUUAAAAUUGAAUUCCCUAUUUAAUAAGUUGCUGAUUGACCAGGGUGUCUGAUUCACAUUAAAAAAUCUCUCCUCA